AUGCCUCACGCAAUAGAGGAUUUAGAGCCUAUCGCCAUCAUUGGCAUGGCCUGCAGGUUUCCAGGUGGAGCCAACAGUCCCGAAGAGCUAUGGCAGUUGCUCGCGGAUGGAAGGUCUGCAUGGUCUGAGAUACCAGCGGACCGCUACACCUGGAGAUCCUUCUAUCAUCCACAUCCCGAUGCAGAAGCUGCACACAACCAAACAGGCGGUGGUUAUAUCGACCGUGACCUUGCAGCCUUCGAUGCAGCAUUCUUCAACAUCCCCGCCGCAGAAGCGAGCGGUCUCGAUCCCCAGCAGAGAAUCCACCUGGAGACGGCCUAUGAGGCAUUGGAAAGCGCCGGUCUGCCAUUGGAUAGUGUGAGAGGUUCAAAGACAUCGGUCCAUGUGGCCACCGUGAGUCGUGACUAUGACCGUAAUGCCUAUCGAGAUCCACAGGAUCUGGCCAAGUAUCAACUCACUGGUUGUGGAGAGGCUAUCACGUCUGGACGCGUCUCAUAUACGUUUGACCUGAGGGGCCCAUGCUUUUCGCUGGAUACGGGUUGUUCAGGCAGCUUAGUCGGCCUCCAUCUCGCGGUGCAGGGACUACGCUCCAGAGAGACAGAUAUGGCUCUCGUCGGUGGUACAAAUUUGCUGCUUUCGCCAGAUAUGACGAUGGCAAUGGGCAAGUUACAUAUGCUGAACGAUGACGGCAAAUGCUAUGCUUUCGAUAGCCGUGGAAAAGGCUACGCACGAUCAGAAGGCGUCUCGACUAUUGUCCUCAAGCGUUUGUCCGAUGCCAUUGAUGCUGGGGAUCCCAUCCGUGCUAUCGUUCGAAACACCGGCAUAAACCAAGAUGGCAAGACCAACGGCAUUAUGCUCCCCAACUCGCAAGCUCAAGAGGAGCUUAUGCGGUCAAUUCACCUGAAUGCGGGGUUGGACCCGGGUCUGACUACUUAUAUCGAAGCUCACGGCACUGGAACGCAAGCGGGAGAUAACGCCGAGAUAAACUCGAUUUCCAGAGUUUUUUGCGACGGCGUUAAGAGAGACCAGCCGUUGCUUGUCGGCUCGAUCAAGGCAAACUUAGGGCACUGUGAGAGUGCCAGCGGUUUGGCUGGUCUGAUUAAGACAGUCAUGUCGCUUGAGAAGGGUGUGAUUCCAGCUACACCAGAUGUACUAAACAUAAAGGAAGGGCUAGAUCUCAAGAAGCGGAACAUUCGGAUCCCGACACGACUCGAGCAAUGGCCAACCCAAGGGGUUCGAAGGGCAGCUAUCAACUCCUUCGGCUAUGGCGGGACAAACGUAGCGGCCAUCUUGGACAGCUAUGAGACCGUACAGCAAAGAAACAGGGCCAAUGGACUUCAAGCGAUCCGCCCUGUCAAUGGUGCUGACGGAGAUAAGAGGCAAAGUACCCUCUUUACUGUCUCGGCAAAAUCUUCCAAAUCCCUCAAGGGCAACCUUGAGAACCUCAGGGAAUGGAUCAGCUCCCAACCACAUGUCGGCCCCGACACACUGAACCAACUUGCAUACACUCUCUCGGCGCGGCGCACAAAUUUUCCCAUCCGCACAAGCUUUCUUGCUAGUACGGUGGAGGAUUUCUUAGCCGCAGCUACAAGCGCAGCCGCCAGACAGCCAGAAAAGGCUACUAGCAAGCCCAAGCUCACUUUCGUCUUCACUGGGCAAGGUGCGCAGUGGUAUGCGAUGGGCCGUGAGCUGCUUCAGACAGAUUCGGCCUUCGCGACUUCACUGCGACAAUCCGAGAAGAUGCUCAAGGCCUUUGGGGUUGACUGGAGUCUACUCGAAAUGUUAAGUCGCAGUGAGGAGACCUCUCGGAUUAACGAAAGUGAAAUAUCGCAACCUGUCACUACGGCCCUACAGAUAGCACUGGUCGAGCUACUGGAAAGUUUUUCAAUUCAACCCGACACCGUAGUAGGACAUUCCAGUGGUGAAAUCGCAGCUGCAUAUGUGGUCGGCGCACUGUCGCAUGCUGAGGCCUUGUGCGUUUCAUUCCAUCGCAGCAAAGUCUCGCAAUUGGUGAAGCAAGUCAUCAAUAUACCUGGCGGAAUGAUGGUUACUACCCUUGGCGAAGUCGACGCGCACAAGUACAUCGAUCGGAUUGGCAAGGAUCGGUUAUCCCUGGCUUGCAUCAACAGUCCGAGCAGUACGACCAUCUCCGGCGACAAGGAUGCUCUCGAAGAGUUGAAAGAGCUUCUGAGCGGCCAAUCCAUCAUGGCAAAGCUUCUUCCAGUUGACGUUGCGUAUCAUUCGCACCAUAUGAGAGCUGUGGCAGAUCAAUAUCUCGAGGCUCUACAAGUGAUACAAGGUUCCGAGGCCCGUGACGAUAUUCAGCUCUUCUCAUCCGUCACCGGCGGACGGAAAACCUCUGGAUUUGGCGCUGCUUACUGGGUGCAGAACCUUGUCUCAACCGUGCGCUUCCCAGAGGCAUUAUUGGCAUCUUGCGACCAGGCUGGUACUGCGUCGCGUUCAAAAGCUCCACCUCAUAUUUUCUUGGAAGUUGGACCUCACUCGGCACUUGCAGGGCCGGCUAAGCAAAUACUGGCAUCGGAGCCCAACAAGGUGGACCACAAGUACGUAUCUGCCCUUGUACGUGGUAAAAGUGCGCACACAACCGUCCUCACUCUUGCGGGUAAACUAUUUGAGUUCGGCUUGGACUUUAGCAUUGAAGGUGUCAACAACAUGUAUGAUCGCGCAAACGAGCCUGACAUGCUCCUCGACCUGCCCCCAUACGCAUGGGACUACUCGAACCGAUACUGGCAUGAAUCGCGCCUGAGCAAGGAAUACCGUUUCCGAAAGUAUCCUUACCAUGAUCUGCUGGGUUUGAGGCUGAUUGGCAGCACGCCACUGGAGCCAAUAUGGAGAAAUAUUCUCAGUCUUGACGCGCAGCCAUGGCUAUCCGAGCAUGUCAUUGACGGAUUCGCCAUUCUACCGGGCGCUAGCUUUCUCACUAUGGCCAUGGAAGCAGCGCGCCAAUUGAACGACCAACGAAGUGUUCACAAGAUUCAGCGUUUCCACUUGAAAAAGGUGAACUAUUCCAAGGCUAUCAUGAUUCCCGAGUCGCCCGGCAAGGUGGAGGUCAUGAUAAGCCUUUCGGCACAAAGCAAUAGUGGGACUACCUCGCAAGAGUCGUCUGGGUGGGAAACCUUUCAGAUCACAUCUUCGGUUGAUGCGGAGACAUGGGCUUUGAACUGUGUGGGGCAGAUCAAGCUCGAAUAUGAGUCCGGAGCGAACGAGGUAGAUGGAGGUCGUGAGCAAUUGCGGGCACUAGCCGAUCUCCGAGACCGCCUCUCCCAGACCCAAGCAGCCUGCACUCAGCCGAUCAAGCAUGAGGCGUUGCGAUUGGGCAAAUUGUGA